AUGGAUCAAUGGGCUCAUAUGAUGAAUCGCAUGAUGAACGAUUAUUUCCGUGACUUCAGUCGUUUCGAGAGAAGCCUCUACCCUUACUGGAGACAUGCAGAUCAGUCAGUGAUGCACGUCGCCGAUGAGACUCAAACGGUCGUCGACGAUGACAAGAAGUUUGCCGUGUCUCUGGACGUGUCCCAUUUUCACCCAGAAGAGCUGAAAGUGAACCUGGACGGCCGUGAUCUGAUCAUCGAGGGCAAGCAAGAGCAGAAAACUGACAACAGUUUCAUGCAGAGGUAA